AUGGGUGUCGAGCAAUGGUCGCCGCGCAACAAUUACUAUCAUCGUCCCGUCAUUCUGCUCAUCGCGAUCCAUCUCGUCCGUCUCGGCGACGCCGUCAAAUGCUAUUGCACCGACGACCAUUGUGUUCCGUAUGGCUCGUGCGAUGGCUCGGUGUGCCUCGUCGGAAUUCUGCGCGACAGCAAUCAAGUGAUUCGAACAUGCGGAUCGACACCAAUUGGAUGUCAUAGUAAUGAGGAUGACAAAUGGACGGACUUGUGCGCGUGCGAUCAGCCAUUCUGCAACACGUUCGCGUUCCUACGAUCACAUACAAGACGAAAAGCCGGUGCUGCACCACCACCGCAACCGCAACCAUCGUCAUCAUCCACGUAUAUCGAUUCCAGUCGUCACGACGAUCAUCUGAUGCCGCCGCCGCCGUCGUCACAUCAUCAACAACAACAACAACCUUCUGGUGUUGACGUUCAUCACGACGCGCCGCUUGUCUUCCAUCGCAUGGAUCGGCCCGAUGACGGAAGGCCGCCGACGUUUCCGUCGCCGGCGUACAACGAUCGAGAUGGAAGCAAUAAGACGUCGCUGCUCACGCUGCUUCUCGUCGUUGUGCCGUUGACGGUCGGAGCGGCCACGGUGAUGAAUUUCAAAUUUUGCAACGAUUUCAAAAUAUGA